UCCAGUGGAAAACAGUGGUGAGGUGUACUGCAGGCGGCACUCCAUACACACGCACACUCGCGCACACACACCACGCCACCAAUUAGCCCCCAGUUCAGUCGUCAAUGUGGCGGGCUUUGGCACGAACGACGUGGAGAGCAGCUGCCAACGAUUGCGGGUCACCAGGAGUCCGUUUCGCACCAUCAACGCUGACGCAGCAGCAAUUGCGACAUUCCAAGGCCAGCAAAAGGUACACCACCACCACAACAAACACCUCCACAGCCCCACCACACAAAAUCAGAAUCGGAAUCAUGAGCGUGGAGAAGCCAAAAGUUGUCUUCGUUUUGGGCGGUCCCGGGGCCGGCAAGGGCACCCAGUGCUCCCGGAUUGUGGAUCGCUUCCAGUUCACCCACCUCUCGGCCGGAGAUCUGCUGCGCGAGGAGCGUUCGCGUGAGGGCUCCGAAUUCGGUAACCUCAUCGAGGACUACAUACGCAAUGGCAAAAUAGUGCCCGUAGAGGUCACGUGUUCGCUGCUGGAGAACGCCAUGAAGGCGUCGGGCAAGUCGCGAUUCCUCAUAGACGGCUUCCCACGCAAUCAGGAUAAUCUCGAUGGAUGGAACCGCCAGAUGUCCGAGAAGGUGGACUUCCAGUUUGUGCUGUUCUUCGACUGCGGCGAGGAUGUGUGCGUGCAGCGGUGUCUAGGCCGUGGGCAGAGUGGCUCCGGACGGACGGACGAUAAUCUGGACAGCCUGAAGAAGCGCAUCUCAACCUACAACAACGACUCGCUGCCCAUCAUCAAGUUCUUCGAGGGCGCCGGCCAGGUGAAGCGGAUCGACGCCAGUCCGGAUGCCGAACAGGUGUUUGGGGAGGUGGAGAAGAUAUUGGUGGCCAGCGGCUUCUAGAUUUCGUGUUCAUAUUCCGGUUUGUGUGUAGUGCUAUCCUUACCUCUCAAUUGUACCCCCCAAAAAUAUAUACGCUUGUUAAUAGUAAUGCAUAAGGUACUUUUUCUCCACCCCGAUAAGAUACAAGAUACACACAUGAAGUAUACCCAAUUAAGGAAUGGAGACAGGUACACACAUACUUUUUAUUAUCUGGUUGAAAAUGGUAGUAGAGCAAAAGUAAUGCCUGAAUUAAAUGUUAUCUAAAGCAAUUGAAUUGAGUUUGAAGAAAACUAUUUAAAGUUAAGAAACGUUGAAGCGCAAUAAACAAUAAAUGGAAAUCA